AGAUGCAGAAAGACUUGAAGGAACAGACCCAGCCCGCAAACCUGGGAGAAUUCAGGCCUCUCCUCUCCAAUCACAGGCAGGAGACUCCAGUGAGGAACUCCCCACGUUGGAUGCUGUGGGCUGGAAGAGGAGCCAGCGACUGCAUACCAACCUAGAGGAGGCAAAUCUUACAGAUACUCCCCUGCCCUGGGAUAAGAAGUAUAAAGGCAAAGUCAACCUCCAUGUAUUUGAGGACUGGUGUGGUGGGUCUGUUUUGCACUUCAAAACAAACCUGCAUUUCCCCCUGUAUCCUCAUAUGCGCACCACUGUUACCAAACUGGCUGUUUCGCCCAAAUGGAAGAACUAUGGACUCAGAAUAUUUGGGUAUCUACACCCCUACAAAGAUGGUGAUUACCAGUUUGCUGUGGCAUCAGAAGAUAACUCAGAAUUUUGGCUUAGCACCGAGGAAAGUCCAUCCAGUGCCCAGCUAAUAGCCUAUGUUGGAAGGGUUGGUUCGGAGUGGACAGCCCCAGGGGAAUUUACAAAGUUUAGUUCUCAGAUGUCUAAGCCUUUCAGAUUAAUGAGCUCCAGACGAUAUUACUUUGAGCUACUUCACAAGCAGGACGACCACGGCUCAGACCACGUGGAAGUAGCAUGGCGUCUAGCUCUCCCUGGCAUGAAGUUUGAGAUUGUGGGACUCCCCAUACCUGUCUCUCUAUACAGAUGAGACAUCUCUUAAGAUGAAUGAGGUUUCCCACAUCCCACGCACUCUUUCCAGUAUUGCUAGCCACCAUCUGCCACUUGGGAGGGAGGAACUCGCUGUUGAUAUUUUAAAACCAGACCCUCGGGACACUUUUUAUAUGACCCCAAUGAUCGAGGAAUCCAAGGUGGAAAAUGUGCUAGUUCCCUGUGCGUACAAUCCCACAUAUGUUGUGAAGGAUUUUCCCAUUGCACGUUAUCAAGGCCUGCAAUUUGUGUAUCUUACUUUUGUCUACCCCAAUGAUUUCACCCGCCUGACACAUAUGGAAACCGAAAACAAGUGUUUUUACCGUGAGUCUCCAGUGUACUUGGAGAAGUUUGGAUUCUAUAAAUACAUGAAGAUGGAUGAUGAUGAAUCCCCUCAGAUGCCAUUCCUGUUCUUCAAUAGACACUUCAUGGAUGAUGAUGAAGAUGAAGAGGGGGCACUGCUACCUGGCAUGUCACUCAGGAAAAAAAGGGAAGAGGAGAAAGUUGACCCAACUUCACCCAGCAUUGAGGGUCAGGGGCAACAUAAUGCCCUGUACAAUGAUUCCCGAAGUUCUAUGCCUAUUGUAAAGGACAGCACACAGACCUCACUAAGAACUCGAUCUUUGCUGUGGGCACCAAGGGAAAGCCCACCAGCAGCUCGCCGGGGACAUGGGAAGAGGCAAACACCUUUGCUGGGUGGGCAAGGAACGACAAUUAAUCCUAUAUCAACAGGGGGAAAGUCUGCAUUUAGAGCACGAGAAGGGAGUGAGGUUGAGCAUUGGGCAAAAGGGAGCAGGUUAGAAAGUAGAAAGAUUAGAGGCAGAUCUGAAGGCAAAAACAAAGGUGAACAGACAGAGUUUAAAAACCAGCAUGGGAAAUUGGAAGAACAAGUGAUGUAUGCAAGAUCAGAUGUUAUAGGGAAGCACAAAAAUGUAGAAGUAAGGCCCAGCAAAGCAAGCAGGUUGGAGGUCACCACAGUAGAGGGAAAUACGAAGCAUAUAUCAAAGGAAAAAUCUGUGACUUCAGAAAAACAGGAACAGGAUAAAGUUUAUGUGACGCGACUCCUUUCUGGAGUUCGAAAGACUCGAGGUCAAGUCUUCCCAGGUAUGCUGCUACCUAAACCUAAACCGCACAGAACAUCUAGACACCGGGAACACCCUCAUAUCCCUACACCCCCAAAAGAGCCACAUGGGGGACGACGGUCCAAACCCUGGACUCCACCUGAUACCUCAGAAUUAGGACUAUUUAGCUGGGAAGGUCAGACCGAAGUUCCAGGACUACCCAUCCCUACCUCACCUAGUCUUCCUGGUGGACCUCCUCUCAUUUCUUCAGAAGCUCCACCAGAAGAACUACAGGACUACAGCUACGAGGACACAGAGCCAAGGCAGUUGUGGCCAGAGGAUGCCAUUAACUGGCAGCGCACAUUCAGUGUUGGAAAUGUUGAUUUUGAAAUGCUGAGGUCGGACUGGAAUGACCUUCGCUGUAAUGUGAGUGGUAACCUGCAGCUCUCAGAAUCUGAAACCGUGGAUGUCGUGGCUCAGUACAUGGAGAAGCUCAAUGAGAAAAAUGGAGGAAUAUAUACUUUGCUUCGUAUAAUCAACGUGGAGAAGCGCCGGGAUUCAGCUCGGGGUAACCGGUACCUAAUAGAAUUGGAGCUUGAAGAGAGAGGCAGAAGGAAAGUGAGGCUGGCAGAAUAUGUGUACCUUCUAAUCCACCGCGGUACAGGAGGGGAUAGUGAUGAAAGUCCCCCUGCAGAACCACCGGAAAUUUCUCCCAGCCCUCCUGUCUAUAGUAAACCAAUCCUCUGCCGGCCUGUCAGCCUGACCUGGAACUCUCGUGCCACAGUGCACUUUGUGGUGCCUGUGAAGAACCAAGCUCGGUGGGUCCAGCAGCUUAUCAAUGAUCUUGAGUUCCUGUAUUUAAAGACCCACGAUGACCAGUUCAGUCUUAUCUUGGUGGAUUAUGACAGUGAGGAUAUGGAUGUAGAGCAGGCUUUACGCCGUGCUAAAUUGCCAAGCUAUCAGUAUCUGAAGAGAAGUGGAAAUUUUGAGCGGGCAGCAGGACUACAAGUUGGAGUUGACACUAUACAGGACAAUCAUAGCAUUGUGUUCCUGUGUGAUCUGCACAUACAUUUCCCUCUGUCAGUGCUGGACAGUGUUAGAAAGCAUUGUGUAGAGGGGCGUCUGGCCUUUGCUCCGAUCGUUAUGAGGCUGAGCUGCGGUAGCUCCCCAAAGAAUCCCAGAGGCUAUUGGGAAGUUAAUGGCUUUGGCCUUUUUGGGAUUUACAAGUCCGAUUUUGAUCGUAUUGGAGGUAUGAAUACAGAAGAGUUCAAAGACCGAUGGGGAGGAGAAGACUGGGAACUUCUAGACAGGGUGCUACAGAAUGGGCUUGAAGUUGAGCGACUGCGUUUGAGGAACUUCUUCCACUACUAUCACUCCAAGAGAGGCAUGUGGAACACACAAAGCCAAGAAACCGCUGCCAAGGACUGA